AUGUUCAUCAAUUACAAUAAAACCUUCCAGAAAAUCAUUGGAUUUGGUGGUGCUUUUACUGAUGCUGCUGGUAUCAAUAUUCUUUCUUUGCCACUUAAAGCACAGAAAAGAUUACUUCAGUCUUACUUCUCUCCUGAAGGAAUUGAAUACAAUCUUGGCCGUGUGCCAAUGGCCAGCUGUGACUUCUCAACACACGUGUACUCAUACGAUGACCAUCCAAAUGAUACAUCUCUGUUGAAAUUUGUAUUAGCUGAGGAAGACCUUAUUUACAAGAUCCCUUUUAUCCGUGCUGCUCAGGAAAUGAGUAAAAAAAAGCUGCUUAUGUUUGCCAGUCCAUGGAGUGCUCCUGCUUGGAUGAAAACAAACAAUAACAUGACAGGCAAAGGAAGUUUGAUUGGUAAACCUGGAGGUAUUUAUUUUAAAGCUUGGGCACAUUAUUUUGUCAAAUUUUUGGAGGAAUACAAACAUUUUAAUAUUUCCUUUUGGGGUUUGACUCUUCAAAAUGAACCUACUGAUGGUUUUAUAAACAAGUUCCGAUUUCAAGCAAUGGGUUGGACUCCAGGAAUGCAGAGAGAUUUCAUUGUUAAAGACUUGGGACCAGUUCUUUACAGCUAUCAUUAUGAUAAACUGAAACUGAUGAUAUUUGAUGACCAAAGACCUUUAAUGUCCAUUUGGGCCAAAAUGAUUUUGUUGGAUCCAGAGAUACGAAAAUAUGUAUCAGGUAUUGCUGUUCAUUGGUAUUUAGAUCUACCCUACACAUCUAAUAUCUUGGAUAUCACACAUAACAUGUUCCCUGAUUAUUUUAUCUUGGGCACAGAGGCAUGUGUUGGGUCAUAUCCAUGGAAUUAUCCCAAAGUAGCCCUUGGAAGUUGGAGCAGAGCAGAGGAUUACAGCAAAGACAUUAUCCAGGAUUUGAAUCAUUGGGUGACUGGCUGGACAGACUGGAACAUUGCUCUUGACCUUCAAGGUGGACCAAACUGGGUGAAAAAUUUUGUGGACAGUCCUAUUAUUGUAAAUAAAACUAAGGGAGAGUUCUAUAAACAACCAAUGUUUUAUAUUCUAGGACAUUUUAGCAAAUUUAUUUUACCUGAUUCUGUUCGAGUGAAUGUCAACAAUGUACCCCAAAAUUUGGAUGUGGUAUGCUUUUAUCGCCCUGACAAAGCCACUGUGCUAGUGAUAUCUAACAGGCAUGGAUACGACAUAACUUUUCAAUUUGGUGGAAUAAAUAAAUUGAUGACAGAAAACAACUCCAGCUCAAGUAAUGUUAAUGGUAUUCGUGUGCUGUAUUGA